AUGCAACCUCAAUCUCAGUAUCGCGGAUUCCCCCAGAGGUCUCCUCAUGUAGCACCGCAAUCAAACCCGCGGCGAGGAAUAGGCCCUAUGGUCGGCGCACAUCCUCAAAAUUCCUUGACACCGUCCCAAAUGCAGGCUCAGCAACAGGCCCAGCUCCAGGCGAAUGAUCGUGCGAAGACCCGUAGUCGCAAGCCGACUGAUAAGAAUGUCCCCGAAGGAGCCGAGGAGUGUAUCAUUGGUGAUGGGGUUCAGAGGUACCGGGAGUUGAGGGAGCUGGAGAGGAGGUUGGAUGCUACCAUGAUGAGAAAGAGGCUGGAUCUGCAGGAUUCUGUUACUCGGAAUGUUAAGCGCUGGAGGACACUUCGCAUCUGGAUUAGCAAUACCGCAGAGGACCAACCUUGGCAAGCCGAUACCCUUGAUGUGGAUGCCUUCGACUUCAGCACAAACAUGGACUCAUCAUAUCGAGUAAAGAUUGAAGGGGCAUUAUUGGAGGACGAAGAGGACGAUUUGGACAGCGAUGAUAGCGAUGAUGAAGAUGAGGCUGAGGAUGGCGACGCCAUGGAUGAAGAUGGAAAAGAAAAGACGAAGAAGAAGACCAAAACGCCAUCGAAACCAUAUAAACUCUCGCACUUUUUCAAAGCCAUGACGGUUGACUUCGAUCGGAAUAAGGGCAAAGAUGGCUCAGAUCAAAGCGUGGAGUGGAAGAAACCGGUCCUUACACCCAACGCCCCAAGUCUCCCAAAUGCUGCAGAUUUCGAUCAGUUGGAAUUUAAGCGCGGUGGCGAUGAGAAUAUGAAUAUCACGAUCAAUCUUGUGCGGGAUGAAAAUCCAGAGAGAUUUCAAUUAAGCCCACUACUGGCCGAUAUCUUGGACAUGUCGAUAGCCACCCGAGCGGAAGCGGUAAUGGGUCUGUGGGAGUACAUCAAGGCAAUGGGAUUACAAGAAGACGACGAGAAGAGAUCUUUCGAGUGCGAUGAUCGAUUACGAGUUCUUCUCGGGCGAGAAAAAGGCUAUAUCCCAUACCUCCCGGAGCAGAUUCUGUCACAUAUGACGACUCUACAACCGAUCAAGCUCCCGUACACUAUCCGAGUUGACAAAGAGUUCCACGAGAACCCCCAACCCACCAUCUACGACGUCCAAGUCUUAGUAGAUGACCCUCUCCGUGCAGCUCUCACCGCAUACCUGACCAAUGAUUCCUACGCCCAAAAUCUCCGGGAUAUCUCCCAGCUGAAUGACCAUGUUGCGCUCCUCAUGCAAAAGGUAUCAAACUCCAAAUCGAAACAUCAAUUCUUCGAUGCUCUGUCGAAGAACCCAACGGAGUUUAUAGCCAAGUGGUUGAGCUCACAGAAGCGGGAUUUGGAAGUCAUUUCUGGGGAAGCGACAAGAGGUGGCGGCGAGGAUGCUAGUGGUGAUGAGUGGAGGAGAGGGGGUAACUCGGGUAUAUGGGGUAGUGAUAAUGUUAGGGAGAGCGUGAAUUUGCUGGUUGGGCAGAAGACUAGGGCUUUAUGA